CCAAUAAGUGGUCUUCAUAUAACAGAGCAGAGCACAGAGACAAAUUCAAAAAGGAAAAGGAAUCGUUCAUGCUGGUGGAUUAACCCUCUGAAGCCAGUACUAAAGAGUCCAAACCAUGUGUAAAGGAUUAGCUGCCCUUCCUCAGACAUGUCUGGAGAGGGCUAAAGGGAUCAAGACUAAGUUGGGAACUCUGCUCCAGAAGCCAGAGAAUGCCAUUGACCUCAUCAUCCCAUACCCUGAAAAGCCUGAGAAGAAACCAGAAAAGCUUCAGAAGCCAACUCCUGAAGAGGCUGCCCAGUGGCGUGAGUCUCUGGACCGUGUCCUCUCCAACAGCUAUGGCCUUGCUACAUUCAGGAGCUUCCUGAUAUCUGAGUUCAGCGAGGAGAAUAUUGAGUUCUGGUUGGCAUGUGAGGAUUUUAAGAAGACCAAAUCUCCACUGAAAAUGGCCGCCAAGGCCAAGAAGAUUUAUGAAGACUUCAUUCAGACUGGUGGACACAAAGAGGUGAAUAUUGAUCAUUUCACCAAAGACGUGACUCUGAGGAACCUGGUCGACCUUUCCCCUGCCACCUUUGACCUGGCUCAGAGCCGCAUCUACACUCUGAUGGAGAAGGACUCAUUCGGGCGCUUCCUCAGAUCCGAGCAUUAUCAAGAGCUCAUCAAGUAAACGCAAUUAUCCCGCUGUAGGGAGACAAAAACGCAAACACAUCCUUGAUCGUUUGGAUUUGGCAGUUAUUUUAGAAAUCCACUCUCACAAAUCUGAAUAUUAUUUGUCGAUGAUUUUACUUACAAAUUUCAGAGCUACAAAAUCAAAAAGACUAGAAAAACCAUCUUGCAAUCAUCCAGAAUUUGGAAAUCCAAAUUGUCUCCCUACAGCUUUGCUAAGAACUUCUAAAUGAUGACCAGUUAUAUUUAAAAAAAAAAAAGCAAGACAUUGUUAACCAUUAAAAUUGUACUCAUGUGUAAUGCCAACAUUUUUGAAGAACCGUUCCAUUUGUUUUGCGUAAACUGUUGGGACAGAAUUUUUUUUUUUUUGUAGCUCCCUGUCUACUAAAUAAAAUGGAAAAUCCUAGUCAGACCAAUUCCCGCUUGUAAUUCAUUAGACUAGACAAGUGGCUCAUGUUUUUUGAAGAGGACAUCCUGGCCUCUGAGGUGCAAUUCAGAGAAGUAUCUGAGCACAGUGUCCGUCUGUCUGCCGUGAAGUGAGAUACGGCUGGUGUGUGGACGGGAGCGAAUGACGAGUGCUUUUUCUUGGAAACGUCCACAUUAAUGUUAACACUCGUGCAUAAAAGGGAUGGGGAGUUGGGGGGAGGAGGGGUACACACUUAAGCCCUGAAUGCCUAUCAUCAUUCACAGUGAAAGAAGCGAAGGACGUGUUUAAAUGCACAGAGUCCCUGGGAAAAGCCAGAGACGAGGCUUGUUGUGGUGUGUACGUUGCUAAGAUGGGAAAAUCAAGUAGGAGUGGGGCUCUCUAAUGCAUUGGAAAACUUUUUUUUUUUUUUUUCGUAUAGAGGGACAGCAUUCCCAAGGAACCAUAAGGGAUAAUAAAAAAAAGGCGUAUCUUGAAUUAAAAAAAAUCCAUUAAUGAGUAUCUUUCAAGACAGUUACAAUUACUGAAAUAUAUAUCUCAUUAUUAUUAUUAUUAUUAUUAUUAUUAUUAUUAUUAUUAUUAUUACUAUUAUUAUUAUUAAUAUUAACGUUGUAUGCCCUUGACAUGAGCAGCUAAUCUAAGUUCUAGACACGUUGCCUACCAUCAAACACAUGUAUCAAGUACAUCCUAUCCAUAUGUAUGGAAUUAUUUCCCUUAUUAAAUUUUGCAUGUGUGAAUCUCACCAUAUGCAUAUACCAUAUACUAUUGCAUGUUUUGGGUUUUUUUUUGCUCACCAUUUUAUUGUUCAUUAAAAUCAUAUCUAGUAUAUAGCAUUAUAUGCAGUAAUAGGUGGUCCAUAAGUCCUUAUUUUUAGGCCACAUUAACUAAAAUAUUAGAACACUGCAGGUCAGACAAAAAAAAGCUAAACAAAUUAUUCUAAAUUUAAAAAAAGUUAAAAAUGUCUAUUGGUUUUGGAGUAUUGGGGCUGAAUAUUUGUCAUAGAAAAUCAAAUGAACACUAAGGACUUAUAGCUCACCUCUUUUUUAAAAAUAAAUAAA